GUGUAGAGGCAAUAUCCAUCCCGUACGAUGGCAUAACUUACGUCACAAACUGGAAUCCAGAGAUCAUGGACGACGAAGAGGUAGCUUACGAUCAGGAAGAGGGAAGCAGGGAGGGCGGAGAGUCGAUCUCGCUAUCGGCAUAUCCCAAAUUUGCCUAUAUAGCUUCGAACCAAGACAGAGGAGAUCGAAAAUACCGGACCGUGCAAGCUUGUACCGAAUGUCGAAGACGGAAAUCAAAAGGCGAUCGUACAUUCCCAUGUGGACAAUGCGUAGCUCGAAAAGAAGGAGCAAUAUGCAGGGAAUAUCAGAAAGACCGAGCCGCUGGCUACAUCGGUUAUGCCCAUCUGUCCGACUUUGACUUGCUGGUACGGCGUUCAGCAGAGAUGGAAGACUUGUUGGUCCAGCACGAUCGCGAGCUCAAGGACUUGCGGCGCAUGGUCCUGCAACGCCAUGAUUUCUCCCAGCCAUCGUACUCUGGCGAUCAAGUUCCAUCACAACAAGGGCGCGAAGAUCAUGCGGAUCAUGGCCAUCCGUCUAGCUGGAUACCAUUCGACGAAAUCGAUGCGGUCGACCACCCUGCAACCAACACCGAACGAGUGGCUCGGCUAGCUUGGGACCCAGAAGCAAGAAGUCCGAACAAAAGACGUCGCAUGGAAUCGCUAGCACCUGUAGAAGAUACUGGUUUCUCCAGAUUCGUUGUGCAUCGGCCUGAGCGGACAGAACCGUCUGGGGACCUUUCCAGGCCUUUCAUACACCACUCUCGUCCUCCCAGUGGUGCUCCUUCGCUAGCUGAUCACAACGCUGCUCUAGUCCUAGAAGACAUGGCUCUAGACCGAGCUGGUAAUUUGGAAAGAGAGACGAUGCCUAUGAUCCAGGAUGGCCGUGAAGAGGGCCAGCAAAUGGACGCCGGGACCAUACGUGAAAGCGGGCCCACUGUCACAGUCGCUCAAGCCGACAAGUUGCCGGAUCCUGCUAGCAGACGUUUCAUCGUCGAUCAUUUCAUGAAAAACAUCGAAUGGCUUCAUCGGUGCCUCCAUCGACCCAGCUUCAUGCAGCGAUUCGGCGCAAUGAAUCAUGUCGACUUUACCGGACCUCUGAGCGUGCCUUCAGCACUUUUCCUCGCUCUGCUCGCGGCGAUUCUGUGCUCCUCUUUACACGGGAUGGACUCGGAAUCACUGCACGCCCUUGGAUACAGCGAAGCCACCAGGAGGGCCUUGGCCAAGGCAAUGGCAGAGCUGUCGGAAAACGCUCUUCACGCCGCAGACUGGUUGCAAAAUCAUCGAAUAGAAUCGCUACAAGCCUUUUUGAUACUCGGACCGUAUCUCAACUCUGUCAGUCGCUCGGAGGCGCAUUGGGCGAUGCUUGGGUCGGCAGUUCAGUUGGCUCAUAGUCUUAGUCUAUCAAGACUGGGUGCCGAGUUGCCGCUAGAUGCCUCUUCUGCCGAGAUACAGCGACAAUUCGGACGACGAUGGCUAUUUGCGAGUGAACGAGAGACUGGCCGGAGGGUAUGGUACGCCAUCAUGGAGCUGUCUUUCACCAGCGCAUCGGACCAUCAUUUCGCUUGCAUAACUCCCUUGGACCAGCAGCUAUGUGUGCGGCCCGCCAAUGUGGACGACGAGGAUCUUGUUGGUCAUGGUCCCAUCCGUUCGCAGCCGGACGAUGUGCAUACCAGCAUGUCUUUUAUCCUGAAUCGCAUCUCGCUCAUGUACCCGAGUCAGGAACUGGUUUCUCGCACACUUACGAUGAAGGGCCUGCGGUACAGUGCUAUCGAAGCGGCGCAUCACGGAUUGCUGGCGGCGUCCAGCGCGUUUUCGCCAUUUUACAAACCUGGGGCGCGACAGCAAGAUUGGGCCAUCGACGCGGAGACUCUCACAAGACUAAAUGCAGAGCGUUAUGUACUCCAGUAUGAGGUCAGACUCCGUUUACUUCGUACGCAUCGGAUAUAUUUGCCAGGGUCAUUGAUGACGAGUAAUUACUCGCUCUCCAGAAAAGUCUGUGAAGAACAUGCAGUGCUUGCUCUGGCUAACAUAGACGUCCUACCUGGGACAAUUCCGCGGACGUACUGGCCUCUCUCGCAAUGCGUGCUCACAGCGACGAUCGCGUUGUUCUGUAUAUAUUUUCAGACCGCUGAUCACGAAGUCGCCGAGAACGCGAGUCUGAUGCGAAGCGGAAUCGAAUGGCUGAAAGAAAAUACGAUAUCUGCGGCUCUUCAGCGUUCGGCUCGGACACUACAGUCGAUAUUGGACGAAGAAGCUGCUAUACGGCAGGGAAGGCUAAUUUUGCCUGAUAACGUGCGAGGUACCAAGAGGAGCGCGGGAGGGUCGGAAAUCAAGGGAGAGUCAAAGAUGCACAGACUGCUCCGAAAGAUCAUGGCUCCGACACACGUCCAAUCGAGAUAUUCGGACGAAUCUCUUGGAGCACCACCCAGUACAGGCGGAUUGCAGCCUCCGGCAACGCAGACAGCUCUGGUCUUGGAUGAAUCUCUGUUGAGAGGCUUCGAAACAAAUGAUCUUUGGGAUCCCAUGGUCAACUUUGGUGACUUUUUCUCGAAUAAUACAUAUGAUUGGCAGGACACGAAUCCGAUACAGGCGGACGUCAUCAAUCCUGACAUUCUCGAGUUCUUGGGGAUCGAGCUUCCAGCUCAGAACGAGUAUACAGAUUUUCUUCUUCCAUAGGUAUGUGAACAUCGCUACAAAUUGGCAAGCCUUCUCCGUUUUUUUUACAAAUCAUGUAAACUCUUCCUUUGUACCAUGUAGCCGUUAUCUGAGUCUUCGCUAUCUUUCGGCACAACAGCUAUCUACAGUUUGCCUUCCGUCGAUUGAUCUGCAUGUUUUGCUUCAAGCGGAGCGUCUGCUCGGGAAGAGUGGGCUCGGUCAGCAUCCCUUGCAGACAAAGGUAAGGUAUCCGAUGUGAACGCACCGACAAUCCAAUUCAUGCGGUCC